AUAUUGAUACUAAAUGUACAUAAUGACAGUGGUGUUGGGGGAACUAAAUUUUGUCCAAAGGGAAAAAAGAAAAUAUAUCAAUCAAUCAAUAAUCAUUUAUUAUGUGCUAGGCAAUAUGCUAAGCACUGAAUAUAUAAAGAGAAAGAAAAUAUAUCAGUAUUCUGUUAAAGUAUUUUUCCAGAUACAGAGAUAGACUACAUUAUGAUAUCAGAUGUAAUGCUUGAAUUAUAAACUUGUUUACAGUCAUAUGCAUUUCAAUCAUCAAGGAUUUAUUUUGUCAAGUGUUUAUCAAAAAACUGUCACUUAAAAGCAAUUACACCUUAUUCAGGGAUUAAAAUGAAAUAAAAUCCUUCUACCUGUCAUCUUUGAAUAGUUGGGUUCUUAAAUGCAUUUAAUCAGAAGGCAAGUUCUAUUGAGAAGACGAGAAUGAGCAGAGAGCCAGAUGUCCCGUGGACUACGUUAAUAACAUCCCAUUUACAAAGAACGUCUAAUCUAUCGUACACUAAGCCUUCCACAAAGAAAUUUAAUCACACUCUGAGAAAAUUCACGCUGGAGAUUAAAAACUCUACAAUGGCCAAACCUAUGUAAGGUUUUAGCUACACAAAAGAUAAGUGUCUUCGUUUGAUGAGUCACUCAAAAAAUGAUAGAUUUAAAUCCUUGAAGUGGCUUCUCUUCACGGAGGUAAAACAUAUAAAAGCUAGGGAUAGUGGAGGGAGGAUGUCAUCUGAGAAGACUUUCUUUUCCAAGGCACGAGCGUCAACACCUGUGUGAUUCUCGAGAAACGGCAAACUACAGAAGAUGGGUUUCUCAUCCUACAUGCUCAUACUAACUUUGUCUUUUUUCUCCCAAGCAUUUUUGCUUUCAGCAUCAAAGUCCAUGAGAACCGUUGAGGACGACGCGCUCCUGACUCCAUUUGGCCUGGGCAAAUCCCUUCAGAAGGAAGACGUGGCAGACAAAUCUGGAGCUGUGCCUUCCCUUGAACAUUAUAAAUCCGAGGAGGGUGGUUUUAUCAAUGAAGAGGAGAGCAGAAAUCCAAAGAAUGUAGGCUUCAAACAUAGUUUCUUAAACCGUGGUCUGCCGUUGAACCUAGCUCUUAAGCAGCUCCCUUAUCUUGCACUGAAGGGAUCAGUGGCUUUUCCAGCUGACAAUGGAGUUCAGAAUAUUGAAUCAACACAGGAAAGGAGAGAGAUUGGGGAUGAAGAAAACUCAGUUAAAUUUCCAAUAGGAAGGAGAGAUUUUGACAUGCUCAGAUGCAUGCUGGGAAGAGUCUAUCGACCUUGUUGGCAAGUCUGAUACCUGCAGGCUUCCAUCUUCCUUUUCCAAGAAACCGAAGCUAUUUGGAUGCCAGUGAAACAAAACAUGAAAAUUAUUGUGCUUCAUAAAUGUAGAUGUGGUCAAUGUUUGUAUUUUGGAACAAAUGAUUGAGAUUUUUCCUGGAUAUACUAAAUGUAAACAUUUUGCUGUAUAAUAAAUCUCAUGAAAAUUCAGCAUAA